CUUAGCCAUGGCAAAGAAGCCAAGCAUGGGCCGCCAAAAGAUCAAGAUCGCCAAGAUAGAGAUUAAGAAUCACUUGCAGAUGAACUGUGUCAAAAAUUGGUCACUUUCUCGAAGCGUCGAUCCGGCCUCUUCAAGAAGGCCAGUGAGCUUUGCAACCCUCUGCGGCGUUGACGUCGCCGUGGUGGUAUUUUCUCCGGCUGGCAAGGUGUUCUCAUUCGGGCACCCUGGCGUGGAGAACAUCGUGGACCGCUUCCUUAGCCAGAACCCUCGACUGCCAGCACCGCCGAACACUGCUUCCACUUGCCACCUCAUGGAGGCCCACCGAAGGGCCGCCGUUCGGGAGCUGAAUUCGCAACUCACCCGCGUCCUGGCUGAGUUGGAGGCAGAGAGGAAGAGAGGGGAGACGCUUGAUCACGUGAGGAGAUCAUCCCGGGGGAAGCAGGAGUGGUGGGAGAAGCCGGUGGAGGAUCUCGGCCUGGCUCAGCUCGAGCGGCUAAGGAGUCGAUGGAGGGCUGAAGAGGAUGGUGACACAGCAGCUCAACAAAGCUUUGGUCGAAGGGACAUUGAAUACGUCGCCGUUUUUGUUGGUAAAUACUGGGAA